UCGUGGAGACGCAGAACGCGCUGGAGACGCUGAGCGCUGAGAACACAAAGCUCCGCGUGCAGCUGGAGGACCGCGAAGACGCCGUCGCCGCGCUCACCGAGGAGUUACGCCGCGUCGCGGGCGGCUGUUUGGCCGAUGAAACGGCCGUGAAACGCCUGCAGGAAGCGCUGGCGGCGGAGCAGCAGGCGCGGAGCGAGGCGGACCAGCGAUUGGCGGAGCUGCAGUUACGCGGGGAUGUCGAAGAGGAGGCGAAGAAGGCUCUAGAGAGCCGGCUAGAAACUGCGGAAGCGGAGAAUACCGCGGGGAAAGCGCAGAUCGCGCAGUUGCAGAAUCGGCUGGAGAUCGUGGAAACCGAGUGGAAACGCAGCGAGGAAACCGCGGGAAUGGCGCAAGCGGCGCUGGAAGCGGCGAAAACGGAAUCGGCGCGGCUGCAAUCGGCGCUGGCGGCUUCGGAGACGCAGUUACGCGCGAUAACCGCGGAAGCAGCGGAGCUUCGUGGGGUUUCGGAGAGUCGAUCGAAGGAACUGACGAUGCUGCAGCUGCGCGUGCGUCGAGCGGACGAUGUGGACAAGCAGCGGCUUCUGGACCAGGAGUCGCUCAAGCAGGAGCUGCAGCACGCGAACGAUCGCGUGGACGGCCUCCAAGCGGAGCUGCAGCGGCUCCGCAGCGGGUCGCUGAUCGAAACGCCGUCGGGAGCGAUCAGCACGGCGAACCCCGAGGCGCUGAGCGCGUUCAUUCAGUCGCUGCUGAGCCACACUUCCGCGCUGGAGGCGCGGCUGGAGGCUCUGCGUGCCGAGAAGGACCAGGAGCUGCAGGCCGUGCGGGAGGGAAAAACCGCGGCACUGAGCCAGAGCGCGACGCUGACGGACCAAAUCGCGGUUAUUCGGUCGGAAUUGGCGUCGACGCGGACGAUGAAGGAGGAAUUGGAGACGCAGCUGCGGCGGAAGGAGGAGGAAAUGGGGAAACUGCGCGAGGAGGAUCGGUCGCAGCGCGAGGCGGCGCAGCAGCGAAUGAAGGAAGAGUUGGAGCAGCUGCGGGAGGCGCUGAAAGAGGCGGAGAACCGCGGGACGGUGCUGGAGGAGCGAGUGCGGGAAGGGAAGGUGGCGCUGGAGAAGAGAGAGAGGUUGUAUGAGACGGUGAAGGCGGCGAAUGAGAAGCUGAAGCGGAAUGAAGGCGUGUAUCGACAGGCGAUCGAGCAAUUGAAGGGAUGUUUGAGGGAUCGCGAGAGUGAGCUGGAUGAGCUGUAUAGAGAUAUGAAAUCGUUGAGAAAUAAGAGGCAGAGUGUGUCUUCUGUGUAAUAGUAGUUGUGUGUUGA